AUGGAGAUAGCGAUACGCCGAAAAAAGUUAUCCCGUUUCUUUGGCGGGUCUGCCACCAAGAAGCGGCAACGAUUGGUCCUAGUCACCUCCGCAGGCAGGGUAAUCAUCGUUCCGGCGGGUGGCGAUGAUAAACGGCCAAAAAUGGACAUCAUGCUUCUAAAUCCAGACACCCAAUAUCGCAGCAUAACUGAUUCCAAAGGUCAUUCAUCAUGGGCAAUAGAUACGGUUAGUAGCCAGAAACCAACAAAAGCAGCAACCAUUUGUAAGAAAGCCUUUACUGACUUUGCUUUCUUUGGCUCUUCCCAGCGCGAGAAGCAUCAUGUCUUUGAAGAGACUAAACCGAGCAGUGACGCGGCUGCCUCAAAACUCGCCACGCAAGAAUGGCUGGAAGUACUGGACCGUGCAAAGGAGUUGGCCUCCGUCUACUCCACCCCCAAUUCUUACACGGGUGACGACGGGUUCCGAGAUUUGUCUUCUGGCGUAUCGAGCCACGCUAACACCCUAAACCAUGCUGAUGAUUCCCCUACGGGCCAAUAUCCACAGUCAAGCGGGAGAAAUGCUUUAUCCAAGCCAUCGCCAGAGGGUGACUCCAAAUCAAAGAAACGAUUCAGCAGGAGACACUCUAGGAACGGCCUCUCCGCCGUCUUCUGA